AUGUCUUCAUUCUUUUUCGCCCAUCCAACGGUGUUUCCUUUGUGCCUGCUCCUAAUUUUAUGCGUUGGCGUUCAGCUGACUGGUGGUUCUCCCGAGGAUGUGCCUUGCCGCUGCCACAACCGCGAAAUUCCGGAUGAAACGAGACUGAAGAUAGUUGAGUUUCACAACCAUGUUCGACUGCAACUUGCAAGCGGAGAGACUGAAAACAGAAGAGGGAAAUUGCCCUCUGCAAAAAACAUGCAUAAGCUUAUAUGGAGUUGUUACCUAGAGAUAGAAGCAGAGAUACUGAUGAAUUCAGGUCGACCGGAUCUGACUUAUAGAUGGAGAAGAAGUUACGGUUAUAACGCCAUUACAAAGUACAAUCCAAAGGAGAUGCCGGUAGACUACACGAGAGACUUGAAACCAGUGCUGGAAAGCUGGUGGGGAGAAGCAAAGAAGUACAAUCAGUACAAGAAUUACUUCAAUGACCUGUCAGUGAAGGACUUCGCUAACAUGGCAAGCGGUAAUAACACCGAAAUCGGUUGCACUUACAAAGUAUAUGAACUGUUCACGCAUUUCAUCUGCGUUUAUUACUUCGGUGCCAAACAAUACAAAAUGAUCUAUGAAUUGGGACCGGGACCCUGCAAUGAACACAAAAACUGCACUGCCUACAAGGAUGCUCUGUGCGCCAGAGAAGGUCUUUGCUUGAAAUCAUCGUGGAAUCACGUCUAA